AUGGCUACAGAACCUAUCAAGAUCACCGUUACCGGAGGUUCAGGUAAGAUUCCUACACCAUAUCACGCGAAUCCACCUACGGAAGUCAGAUAUCAAUCGAUCAGAGAACGGAAUUGUUUGUAUCUCUCAUUUCGUCAUCCAGGACUUCUCGGUAGAGCGGUGGUUGCACAUUUGAAAAAGCAAGGUCAUAUAGUCAAAGGCCUGGCUUUCAGCAGGGCCACAGACGAACUCGAAAAGAUCGAUUUACGAGAUACAACAGCAAUAGAAGAAUUGAUCAAAAACUUUAAACCGAACCUACUUGUGCAUUGCGCAGCAGAGAGAAGACCAGAUGUAGCUGAAAAAGAUCCAGAAGGAACUAAGCAACUUAAUGUGGACAUUUCCAAACAUCUAGCCGAACUUUCCAAGCGGUAUUCAUUUCGUCUCAUCUAUAUAUGCACAGAUUAUGUAUUUGAUGGUAACGCACCAGAAGGAGGAUAUGAUGUCAAUGAUAAACCAAAUCCCACUAAUUUAUAUGGUGAGACCAAGUUAGCUGGUGAGAAAGCCAUUCUUGAUUCGGGUGAAAAGGGUCAAGUCCUUUCACUUAGAGUACCAGUCCUUUAUGGUAAAGCUGAAAGAAACGACGAAUCUGCUAUCAAUAUCUUGAUCGAUGGUGUAAAGAAAUCAUCGCAAGGUUAUUCGAUAAAAAUGGAUGAUUGGGCAACUAGAUAUCCAACUUUAGUAGACGAUGUAGCAAAGGUGAUCAGUCAACUUGCAAGUUUUCAAAAACCUUAUCCUCCGAUCCUACAUUUCUCUUCACAGAAAAUGUACACAAAGUAUUCAAUAGCAGUGGUUUUUGCCAACUUAUUAAACCUACCUAUUGAUAAUUUGGUCAGAGUAAGUGAAGGUCCAAAAGCUGGUGAAACUAUUAGACCUAGAGAUUGUCGGUUAAGCACCAAGUCUAUUGAAACACUUGGUAUAGAUGUUUCAACUGUCUCUUUUGAAGAUUGGUGGAAGAAUGAAUUUCAAUCUAAGAAUUACCUUUGA